AGUCCGAGCCUCCGUAGCGCGCGGUUCUCUGCGGCAGUCCGUGUCACGGCUCACCUCUCGAACGCUAACGUGUCUGUGAUAAUUCCGAUACGGUUCCGCCAAUAGCGGCCGUUUGUUCGACGCAACGCGAACGAUAAACUAUCAGCGGUGUGCCGAAUCGAAAUUUUUCUCAGCGAUCGACGCCGUCCCGGUAGUGAGAAGUGCUAUUUCACUGGAUUCUAUUGCCAUCGGUACAUUAUCCCUGUGUGAGUUCACUGUGCGGGGUUGAAACGUGCGCAACAUGAGACCCAAGGAUGGGUUGGACGCGAAGAUCCAGACGGGGACCUUCAUCCUGUCCGAGAAAAUAGACGACACUAAAACGAAGAAGAGCGAAAAGGAACUCAAGAAAGAAAUGAAGAAGCUGGAGAAAGAAAAACUAGAACAAGAGAAGAAGGAGAAGAAGGCGAGGGAAAAAGAAAAGGAGCGUGAGAGGCAAGCGAAGAGAGGUAAGGUCGUGUGCGGCGCGUGCGGCGGCAAGUGUAGCGGGGAGGUGCUCCGGGUCACCGACAAGUACUUCCACAUGGCCUGCUUCACGUGUAGAACCUGCUCCGCCUCGCUCGCUCGGGGUGGGUUCUUCUGCAAGGACGGACAUUACUACUGCCCCCAGGACUACCAGCGAGCCUUCGGCACGAGAUGCGCCGCCUGCAACCAGUACGUGGAGGGCGAGGUGGUCUCCGCUCUCGGGAACACAUACCAUCAGAAGUGUUUCACUUGCGCCAGAUGCAAACGAGCAUUCCCGUCCGGCGAGAAGGUGACGUACACGGGCAGUGAGGUGGUCUGCGCGUCCUGCUCCGCAGGCCCACAGAAGGCGACGGCACGCGCAGCUCGCUCCCCACCCUCCCCGGCCUCCCCAGCCUCCCCGGCCUCUCCCGUCACCCCGUCUUCGCCGGUCAACAAUCACGUUAGGGGCAGAGAACCAGACCCCAAUGAAUGCGCGGGAUGUGGCCAGGAGCUAAGCGAGGGUCAAGCGCUGGCCGCUUUGGACCGUCAAUGGCACCCGGCGUGUUUCGCGUGCGGGGAGUGUGGCGCCGCCCUGCCCGGGGAGUACAUGGGCAGAGACGGCGUGCCCUACUGCGAGAGGGACUACCAGCGCCUGUACGGAGUCAGGUGCGCCUACUGCAGACGGUACAUCGCGGGGAAGGUGCUACAGGCCGGCGAAAACCAUCACUUCCACCCCACCUGCGCACGCUGCACCAAGUGCGGAGACCCCUUUGGCGAUGGCGAGGAGAUGUUUCUGCAGGGCGCCGCCAUCUGGCACCCGCGCUGUGGACCCGCGCCGCACCAGCCGCACCAGCCCCUCACGCCCGCCGAGCUGGAGCGGGCCUCCUCUGAGCUGCAGUUCAGUCUCCGCUCGCGCACUCCCAGCGUCAACGGCUCCUACUGCAGUCCCUACAGUAGCUUGACCAGAAAGUACGGCUACCGCGCGGUAUCCCCGGGUCUGACCUUGCGCGAGUACCGCUCUUCCGAGGGCUCCCCUCACCGCAUCACCACCUACUCGUACCUGGCGUCCGAGCCGUCCACCCUCCGCCGCUGCGUGCAACCCUCGGACCGCCCCCCGGCGUCUCCUCACUUCCACCGCCCGCCCUCAGCAGGCGGCACGCGGUCGUCGUCGCGGGCGGCCUCCAAGGCUUCCUCCCGCCCCGGGAUGCGCGCGCUCGUGGACUCCAUCCGCAGCGAGACUCCUCGCCCUCGCUCGCCUCAUCUCAACAACGACGAGCCCAUCGAGCUGGCAUCCUACCCUGCGGCUUACAAGCCGCCGCCCGGCACCUUGCCCAUAGAGCGGGAUGACUUCCCCGCGCCGCCCUACCCGUAUACCGAUCCGGAGCGCCGUCGCCGCUGGUCAGACACGUACAAGGGCGUCCCGGACAGUGACGACGAGACGGACCGCGUCAACGGCCACGACGACCGCCUCAGGAAGGAGGAACAGGAACUGGCCAAGAUCGACACCGGGAUAGCACAGGUGUUCCUGAAGGAGGUGAAGGAACGAGAGAAACUGCAGCAGUGGAAGAAACAGAAUCUGGACCCGAGAAACGCCAGCAGGACGCCCAGCGCCGCGCGCGAGGCCGGAGCUCGUCUGCGGUACUCUUCCCCGCUGGGAGCGUCGCCCUCACGCUCCCUGGACCGCUCCCGACACGAGCCCGACCCGCCGCAUGCUCUGCCAUCCUACAACGUGGUGUCGUCGCUGCGGAGCGCGCCCCGGCCCGGGUACGGUCUAUCGGCUCGCUCGCACACGUUCUCGUCCAGCACGGCCGGUGACUUCACAUUCAGCGGACUCGGAGACAAGACUCACAGCACGGACUUCAGUAGCGGCAAGUCAGACAUUUCGGCCGGAUCGAUCACCGACGUCGAUAGGAGUGCUGUGACUACGGGCGGAGUGUGUCGCGUCCCGGGCGGCGCGGCUCGUGCGGGCGGCGUUCCGGGCGUGCGCCGCUCGCUCCCCAACAUGGCGACCUCUCACCUGCUGCACGAGCCGGCCAAGCUGUACCCCUACCACCUGCUGCUCAUCACUAACUACCGCCUGCCGCCCGACGUCGACCGCCUCAACCUGGAGCGCCACCUGUCGGACGCGGAGUUCGAGGCCAUCCUGCAGGCGCCGCGGCCGGAGUUUUACCGCCUACCGCAGUGGCGCCGCAACGAGCUCAAGAGACGGGCGAGGCUGUUCUGAGGCGGGACCGUGCUGCGAUAUUAUAUAUAUAUAUAUAUGGCGUGUGAGAUGGCGCGGCCCGGACACAGAGUGACGGACGGCGCUGCGGAAGAGAGAGAGAGAGAGAAAGAGAGAGAGAGUUGAUGUUAGUGAGAACCAAAUAUAUCCAUUUUAUUAUAAGAGAGGGGUCGCGCGCGGGCCGAGCGCCGGGUGCCCCCCGCCGGGUGUGUGUGUGUGCGCGUGCGUGCGUGUGUGUGCGUGUGUGUGUCGGUAGUCGUAAGUUUACAUUUGUUUUUAAUAUUAUUUUAGCCAGAUAUUAUUCCGUUCGCUAGCCGGUCUCUCCUAGUGUUAGCGCGAGUGGUCUCUCGCGGCUUCUGUCGGACGCCUAACUCGUUACCGCCGUUCCGCUGUGCUCGGUGUUGUCUAUAUAAGUAUAUCGUGCUAUUUUAAAUUAUAUUUACUGAAAAUAUAUUUACAUUUAUGGCUAGAAGUUGUGAGACGUGUCUCUCGGGUGUUCGUCUGAGCGACUCGUCUUACAGUAUAUGAUUAUCGUUGUAUGUGGCGAACUGGCGACCUAGUUUGUGUAACCUGUGACCGCCCGCUCUGUGCUCUGUGAACUCGAGUUCACAAGACAUUUUCUCUGUUAUUGUUCCGUUAUGUUCCUCGAUCCUCUGCUAUCCGUCGGUCGGAGAGCUUCUUUAAAUUUUAUCAGUGAUUUUUAAACGAAGACUAUGCUUUUAAGUAAUAAAAAUGCAUUCAGACUAA